GUUAACUGUUUUUUCGCGGCCAAGAGUGUCAGAAACGGCAAAACUGCAAGUUCGGAUUUGUCUUCGAGAAAAGAUAAGUUGCAUGAGAUGAGACACGUUCAGGAGAUGGCUGUAGAGUUCGUCAAUGCCCUUAAUGCUGCUGCUGCUGAGAGUGAAUGUGCUAAAUUGAGGAGGCUGCUGGAAGAAGAGAGAAAGCUUGUGCAAAGGCUUAAACAAGAAAAAGAGGAUGAAGCACAAAUGGCCAAGAGAAAAUCUGAAAGGACGAGUCAACGAUUAGCAGAGGCUCAAAAAGAUGUUGAAUACACUACAACCAGAGCUGAUGUUGCUGAGAAUGAAUGGGUUGAGUUGAAGAGAGAAUUACAUGAAGCUCAAGAGCUUGUGCAAAUGCUAAGGCCAGAAAUUGGGGAGACAAAACAAAUUGUACUGAGACAGGUUGACAUCAAAGAGCUAGAUUUUGGAUUAUCAAAAGCUGGCUGA